CAUUUACAAUGCGCGGUUGCGCCAUAAAAUUUUGAAAUGGACGUGCUGGAACAUGAUGCCAGCUGGCGUACGGCAGCCUGUGCCGCUAUAUAUGGCUUCGCCAGCUAAGCGCUGAACAUAACAUUCAGCUUUCCACCACGUUCUCAGUAAUCUUGUAAAACUUCACUACUUCUCUCGUUCCUUCGGAAUCUCACCGCGCCGGUCAAACCCUACCACAAGAAAUGGCGUCUAACUCGAUUGUUAUGGGCCUUGCCGCCCUGGUCUUCUGCACCUGGUCUGUCAGCCUUGCUGGCAUUGCCUCAAUUCAAGAGCAGUGCGACACCACCUGGCACGACAUGCUCGCUGGCGUCAACGGCUUCUCUGCCGACCUUCCUUGCUACAAGGUCUUCCGUUACCACUGGUUCAUUGUGUGCCUCGAGUGCGCUCUGAUUUUCGGUCUUGCUGGUGCCCUGGCGACUGGCGUCUUCGCCAAGACUCGCCUUUCGUGGAUGGGUCUGUUCUGCGUGGCCACCCUGCUGUACAUCCAGAUGACCGACACCUUCCUCACCAUGCACGGCGUUAGCGAGGACCUGUCCGGCCAGAUCAAGCACCGCGUGCGCACCAUGGUUGCCGGCACCAUCAUGACCAGCACCGUCAACUGCUUCCUGGUGAUUGCUCUGGGCAUGAACGCGGAGGAGCCCACCCCCAC